CGUUUCAGUACGAGCUUGGCAUUUGCUGACGACGCCGACUUUGGUCUCUUUGCGUCUCAUCGUUUGUCACUGUGUGUGUGUGUGUGUGAGAGAGUGUCUGUGUGCGUAGUGCGUCAUUGCAGAACUCACCGAACGCCCCCCGCUCCAUCAAGCUACAUUGUGCAAUCGAACAGCAGCAAACAUCAAAAAAAAAAAAAAAAAAACAAAACAAAAGGUAACACAGCAAAAGGCAACAAAACAAGACAAGACAAGACAAAAUGUCAACGUCGCUGCUGUUGGCAGCGCUGCUCUGGUGCUGCUUCUGCCUGCGCUGCAGCUGGGCCAUUGAGUGUUACGUAUGCGAUGCCAGCGAUACGCAGAAUCCGUUCCAGUGCGGCGAAUGGUUCGAGCGCUUCGAUCAGCCGGACAUCCAGCCGCAGAACUGUUCCAGCGUACAUGGCGCCACAUUCUGUGUGAAGCAUGUGGGCCGUUUUGAGGGGGGCAUCGGUGCGAAACGUUUCUGCAGCUCCAAGGAUUUGGGCAACUAUUGUGACUAUGUGCGCAAUAAGGGCGAUCGCAUGGAUUAUCGCAGCUGCAUUUACACCUGCGACACGGAUGGCUGCAAUGCUGCCAAUCAGUUGGCCAGCACAGCUUGGGGUGUGGCAGCGCCACUGUUGUUGCUGUUAACGAUCUGGCAACGCUGCUGAAAUGCUAGACAGCCAGCCAGCCAGAGAGAGAGAGAGAGA